AACAUCUUCUUCAGUAUUGCUGGAGAGGGUAAUGGCAGAAUUUGCAGCGCCAGAUGGAAAACUAAGCAAACACAAUAAAAGAGCAGCGAGAAUCAAAAGGGACGCAGUGUGCAUAUCUGGUGCAUAUGGGAGUUAUUACAACAAGAAGGCGACAGAUUCGCACUGCAAGGACCAACAGCUCACUUCACUGAUGAGGUCCAGAGCAGCAAUCGGAGAGGAGUGACCUGCCCUCACGCACCCCCAAGGUGCACAGCACACCUGCAGGACCACAGGCCCGGGCACCCCUUUUCCCUGCAGGGGAAAUCCAGUUGUCCACAUUUUCUGCUUGAGUUUGUCCCUGGGAUCAUUCAAAACUGUUUCUCCAACGCUUCUACCAAAAACUUAAACUGUUUUCCAAAGCAGAAACGGCCCAGCCCUCCCAGGGGGAAGUAAUGGGGAGUGUGCGAAGCCACCGUUACAGCAUUGUGUCCUCUGAAGAAGACGGCAUGAAGCUAGCCACUAUUGCCGUCCCAAAUGGCUACGGGAAUGGGAAUGUGAGCAAGGUGCACACAGAGCACCAACAUCAGAGCCGCUUUGUCAGGAAGGACGGCCACUGCAACGUGCAGUUUAUCAAUAUGAGUGAAAAAGGCCAGCGGUACCUGGCAGAUAUCUUCACCACCUGCGUGGAUAUCCGCUGGCGCUGGAUGCUGCUUGUAUUCUGCCUUUCUUUCCUGCUGUCGUGGUUGUUUUUUGGCUUUGCUUUCUGGUUAGUGGCCCUUUCUUAUGGGGACCUGGAGAAUGGGACUCAGAUGUGUGUUUCCAAUGUGGACAGCUUCACCGCUGCCUUCUUGUUCUCAGUGGAGACUCAAACCACUAUUGGCUAUGGUUAUCGCUACGUGACAGAGGAGUGCCCUGUUGCCGUCUUUAUGGUCGUCUUCCAAAGCAUCGUUGGCUGCAUUAUUGAUGCUUUUAUCAUCGGUGCUGUCAUGGCCAAGAUGGCCAAGCCCAAAAAGAGGAAUGAGACCCUGGUGUUCAGCCAUUAUGCCACAGUGGCCAUGAGGGACGGUAAACUUUGCCUAAUGUGGCGUGUGGGGAACCUGAGGAAGAGUCACCUGGUGGAGGCCCAUGUCAGGGCCCAGCUACUCAAGUCCCGCACCACAGCUGAGGGCGAGUUCAUCCCUCUGGAUCAGGUCGACAUUGAUGUAGGCUUCGAUAGCGGCAUUGACAGAAUCUUCCUGGUGUCUCCAAUCACCAUUGUGCAUGAGAUUGAUGAGGACAGUCCAUUCUAUGAGAUGAGCAAACAGGAGUUGGAGACGUCAGAAUUUGAGAUCGUAGUGAUUCUUGAGGGAAUGGUCGAGGCUACUGCCAUGACCACUCAGUGUCGGAGCUCCUACGUGGCCAGCGAAAUCCUCUGGGGUCACCGCUUUGAACCAGUGCUCUUUGAGGAGAAGAACUACUACAAAGUGGACUACUCUCGCUUUGACAACACGUACGAGGUGCCCAGCACUCCUCAUUGUAGUGCCAGGGAACUAGCUGAGAAGAAGUCCGAUGCCACCAGCUCAAAGAACUCCUUUUGUUACGAGAACGAGGUGGCUCUCGAAAAAGUCGAGAUGGAAGAGGAGUUUGAGGAAGAGGAAAACAGGGAGAUUACGGGUAUUGAUGUUUGUGCACUUGAGGACACAAACACAGAUGUGGUUUCAGACUCUGAAUGCAAUCUGGACUCUUUGCCUUUAGAAUCAAGGCCUUUGACAGCAGAAUCGGAAAUAUGACCACAGAGAAAAAGAAGGGUUAAGGAUAUGUUUUAACUAGUUUGAAUUUGGUCCUGAUUGCUGUUGUUUAUAAUGCAUGAGAGUUUGUAAAAGACCGUGAUUUGAGUAUGAAGUUCUCUAUGCAGAAGCUCAUGCACAACACAGUAUGGAAAUCCAGACAUGUUACAUGGUUUAUGGUGAAAGAGGUGAUCGAUUAACUGGUUGCAUGGAGCUAGGGGGAUGAAAUUGGUUAGAUGCCUUCACUUACAGACUGUGCAGCCUACCCUUCUUAAUGUUUCAGUAGCAUAGCCGAUUUGGUUGGUUUGGUUUCUCAAAAAAUGCAAUUUCUAAUUAAUUCAAGUGGAUAAACCCAGUUUGCAUAUUUUGCAUUUAGCAUCCUGGGUCUAACAUGUUCUAAUCUGUUGGCCACAAUGUCACAUAAGGUUGUGAUUGAAAUUAGACUCAAUUUAAAAGAUGCAAAAAAAACAAAACAAACAAACUUUAAACUGUUUUCAAAUGCUAAUCUAAAUUCAUAUAUUUUUAGUAAUUUCAAGUUCAAGGAUCUUGUUUUAAAUUAUACUAAAACCACUUUCAAACCUGUUAAUUCACCUGCACAAAGACAUCUGCUUGUUAAUGAGCUGGUCUCUUGGCAAAGUAUAUUUACAGUCUUUUUUCAUUGUGGGUGUGAAGCAGGAAGGCGAUGUCUUGCACAGAUUCUGAGCACAAGUACACUAUGCUCCUCAACCUAUCAUCUUGUCUAAGUAAAGCAUCUCCUGUAGUGUGUGCCUGAACAAAAGUCUCAGUCCUGGAGGCACACAGGAGGUUCAGCUUUGACACACUGCAAUAGAUGUUACAGUAAGAAGAAGCAUUGAGAGGUGAUUAGUUGUGCAGUAUACUGCCACUCCUUGCAGGUCUUCAUGUUCUAAUGUGCAGUGCAGGUCAGUGGUAGAACGUGACAGGAAGCUCAACCCUGAACAGCGGUUAUGAAUGUUGAUGAUCAGUGCUGCUAAGUUACAUAUUGUAUGUUUAGAGAGAAAUCUAGGAGCCAAAAUGUAUUAUUUGUCUUUUAAAGUAUCCAUUUUGAAGAUUGCAGAUGGAGCCUAUAAUGUUAUUUCUAGAUGUAGAAAAGCAUGAUUCUCAGUGUGUUUUCCAAAGAUUAGUGCACUUUCCCCCCAUAACAGCGCAAGCUGUUUUAUUACCCAAAGCCAAAUGUGUACAUAUAUAUAAGAGGCACCUCAUCUGUUAGUUGAUUUUAAUUUUAAACCUGAACUUGUCCUCAUCUGGCAGCAGUUGGCUGUUGAGACAAUUAAUAAUUUGAGUUGCUUUUGACGUAGUCUGCAAUAUAUAAACAUCAGUGUUCUUAGCAUGGCAGAUGUGCAGAAUUUGAACACAUCCUACCCUCACACUUCACCACUGUGGGUCUUGUGAAGUUAUUUUUCAUUUCUGAAUGGGCCCUUGCUUUGUCUUUCUAAAGAUCAGGUCAGCGGAUAAACAUUUCAGUUCCUAUCACAAAUCUUAUACGGAUGUAGCACACUCGACUCCAGUCUUACACAAGAUUGAGCUUUCAUGUUUUUUUUUGUUUUUUUUAUUACUACUCUAGGUGUUAUUGUGACACAUUAAUGCUUGGAUAAUCACAGUGGAAACCAGAACACUGUACUGCUUUUAUUAAACAUUUGGUCUGUUCUCACAUCGACACCUCUCCUGUCUUAGGUCUUCAUUUUUCUAUCAAGGUCUUCCCAUCUUCCUGCACAAACCAGAGAUUGUACAGAUUUUUUUUUUAAUCUUUUGUAAA